AUGUCAGUCCCGCCUUCUCUCUUCUUUCUAGGGCCAUCCAUUGUGACACCUCCUAAAGACAUCUGGAACAUCACUGGAGCCCAGAUUUUCUUGAGUUGUGAGGUCAUUGGAGUUCCAACCCCAGUGCUCACCUGGAACAAGAUUUCAAGGGGGCAAUAUGGUGUCCAGAGAAUGGAACUUCUUCCAGGGGAUCGGGAUAAUUUAGCCAUCCAGACUCGUGGUGGCCCUGAGAAACAUGAAGUAACAGGGUGGGUGUUGAUCUCACCCUUGAGCAAUGAUGAUGCUGGAGAAUACGAGUGCCAUGCAUCAAAUUCUAAAGGAGAAGCCACAGCCUCCGCAAAAAUUACUAUUGUCAAUUCCAUAAAUGAAAUACCUACAAAAAAAGGUGACAGUGCUGAGCUCUGAAAAGUGAAGCUUAUAUAUUGCACACAGAGAGGUAGAAGCUCUAAUCGAUGCCAAGGUUAUGUUAAUCUUCUGGAAAAUUGUUGUUCUUUCUUAUUAUUCAUACCUCUCCAUACACUAACUCCUUGAAUAUGUUUUUUUUUUUUGCUGAGUAACAAUAAAAUAUUUGACAAGUGUA